CUCGAACAAGCCAAAAGCAAAGCGGACUAGUGUUAUUACGUAGUACGGCUGACUGGAUCAUAAAUGGUAGACUUUGUUAUUGGUUGUGAGUAAGUUCACUGGCUGUAACGCAACCUUCACACCCAAUCCAGUAUUUCCGUGUGUGCGUCUGCGCAUGCAUGCAUGUUUGUGAGCGAGUGAACUUGGGUAGGUGCGAACGGAAUCUGUGUACGAAUGCUUAACCCAUGAACAAUGUGGAACAGUAUGCAGAAGUAGGGUCUGCGUCACGGACCUAAUGAAGUCUUCUCCCAUGAAAAGCCACAGACACGUCACCUUCAGCAGCGCGGCUGCUUUGUCUCGGAAAUAUCUCCUCAUAUUCCUCGUGAUUUGCAGCGUGUCUGCAGUGCUCCUCCUGCAUUCGGCGAUCCGUCAAUCACGUGGAAGAUCUUCAGCUCCUAAACUGUUAGUUCCUAUCGUACACCAGGAGGAAAAGCAAUUUCCACUCGCUUUCAGCAUAAUGAUAUACACAGAUUUGGAUCGAGCAUUGCGACUCAUGCAGGUGAUUUACAGAGCACAUAAUUUCUAUUGUAUACAUGUGGACAGAGAAACGGACGACCGGUUUUACUCGACUCUCACGCUUCUCAUGCAGCGGCGAUACGGGAACAGCGUGUAUGUGGUUCCACGAAGGGAUAGCUUCAAAGUUCAAUGGGGGAGGCUGUCGGCGCUUGAUGCUGAUCUACUUUGUAGUCGUGUACUACUGGGGCUUUCCUCACGGUGGAAAUAUUGGAUCAACUUGACGGGUCAGGAGUUUCCGCUAAAAACCAAUUGGGAGAUGGUACGUGCUUUGAGUCUAAUAAAUGGGUCAAAUUUAAUCGGAGCGACAUUUGAACAUCGAAACCUGGAUCGUUUCCCUUUGCAGGUGAACUUUGACUUUCCGUUAAUAUGGUACAAAGGAAGCGCACAUAUCGCGGCUCGACGUGAAUUUGUACAGUUUGUGCACGAAAACAAGCGGGCGAUUCUCAUCCUUCAGGUAUUGAGAGAUUUUGAGCAGCAAGAGGGAAGGGGCGUCAUCGCGGAUGAGACAUACUUCCCCACCUUGAACCACAAUCCGGUGUCUUUACCGGUUCCAGGUGCUUUCCUGGGUGUGCACGAAUCAGACGUUUUCAAACCACCUAUCCGAGCCAAAGUGUGGUAUAACACCAAACUACCUUGUCGCAGUGGCAAAUGGAUCAGGGGUAUCUGCAUGCUAGGAUUGCGUGAUGUGGAUUGGCUGAAGGACAGACCCGAACUUUUCGCCAACAAGUUUAUACCGUCAGUCGAACCGGAAGGGUACACCGAACUGGAACGAUGGUUGAGAGAAAAGCUGUUAUACGAAUCCGCUCAUAACUGUUUGCAUCCUUCAUUCAACGCCACUCACUACCUUUCGCUGGAAUUGCGUUGGAAUCACUUAUGAAUAAUCAGCUCAUUAGCAAAUCGGAUACAACACCCUUGCCAGAGACUUGAAACAUGACAUCUUGUGCGUCAGGUUUCUGGCAGAACAUUCUGCCGUCCUAUCUUAUUCAAUGCAGAGUGUGAAUUGCCCAUGUGCACACAUAAUUGAUCUGAUGCGCCCUAUUUCGUGAUGAACAUUCCGCGUGAAUGUACCUUUCUGUACCGCCGUUAACGUUCACCAAAGGGACAAUCAAUCUGGCAAAUGCUUAGUAAUUACCGGAUAUGUUAUGGCUUCACUGUCUUAGAAACUUUUGACCCAAAGUACUCAGAUAUCUCGGGGUACGAACAGCUGUGAGAAAACCCCGCCAUUGAGGAACAAUGAAUACUCUCACAGUGCCACCCUGUAAUCAACGAACUUUUGGUUGACUCAAGCAGGAUAGUCGCCUUAACCCUAAGUGUAAAAAAUACCGUCCGCAUCGAAUCGAACUUCACCUGUACCUCCGCAAACGUGCGUACAAUUUGAAGCUAAUCAAUUCCACAUUCCUCUCGUUUUUAGUUCUCAAUGCUCUCAUGACUAUCAGGUAUGUUCCAUUAUUUUGGCAUCUUUUCUAUCACCCUGACCAAAUUGCCUUGCUUAUUUUUCCAACCAGCUUGCCUUUCUGCAUUUCUGUGAGGGAUUUCAUAGAGUGAAUAUGUAUGAUUUUGCAGAUAAUAUUGCAUUUCUCACAAAUGCCUAUUUUAGCGUUUGAAUUUGAAAAUCUCAUGUGCCGCUAUCCGCUCCAGUUCAUUUGUGAAUGAGAAAUGAUAAACCAAAC